GCGGCGGCGGUGCUGGCCGGUUGCGCGGCUUGGGCUGCGACGCUUUCCACCCCGGUUUUCAGACCCGGCUGUGCCCGGCCUGCGGCGCCGCGGUGCGGCGUGCGGGCGGGGCGCUUCACGCCCGGCGGGCCCACGGCGUCAUUACGGGCAGCGGGGGGCACGCGGAAGCCGCCGUCCUCAAGACCCUGCCGAAGGUGGUGGCCGACUACCAGGCCAGGCCGGACUACGGCCCGACUCAGGCCGCGGCGGUGAAGACACUCGACGGCUUCAAGCAGACGGUGCUGACGGCGCAGAGCGCCGAGGCGGCGAGCGCAGAGCAGCUCUCGGCCAUGGCGGGCCAGGCCAAGACCGACGUGCUGCCGCUGCUGGCGACGACGAUCAGCCAGAAUCUCGAGAUGGCCAAGAUGGGCCAGCUCAGCCGGGCGCGGACCAUCACGCCGGAGAUGGCCAAGGCCCACAACGCGAGCCUAGCGACGCUGCAGGACCAGGUUCAGACCCUGCUGGCGGAGAUUGCCGCCGCCGCGUCCGGCGGAGGUCGACUGGAGCCACUUCGGAACCGCGGCGGGAGCCGGCUGAUGCCCAACAUUCCCUACAACUACCACCCGGCCGGCGGGCCGGGGCUGGUCGCGCGGCCCGCCGGUUGCGCCGGCGCGCCGGCCGAAGGCGCGCUCGACAUCAUCACUGCCGCCCCGAAGGUCUAUGCCGCGGUCGGCGGGGUCAACAUGGUCGCCGCGACCUGGGCGCAGCUUCAGGCCGCGACGCUGACCACCCGGGUCGGGCCGGCCGCCGGCUGGUUGUUCGUGCGCGAGCAGAACUGGCGCAUCAACUCCUUCCGGGUCGCCUGCCAGAUGGGCGGCUUCGGGCUGCCGGGUCAGCUCACCCGCUCCCAGGUGCAGCAUCACGCCGAAACCUCGGAGAAGGCACAGCUCUCGUACGUCGCCGGCGCGACCUUCGCCGCGCUGCUGGCCGACCGCGUGGCCGGCCUGGUCGGUGGGCCGGCCAACUUCAUGCAUCUCAACGUCUUCGUGGGCGCCGGCGGCGCCGUGACCUACGUCGCCGCCGGCGGCGCGCAGCCCGACUACGUCUCGCGUUUCGGCGCGGCCGGGCCCUUCCAGGUCUGGGAGGCGAAGGGCAGCGGCGGCGGGGUCGUCGGCGGUUUCCUGACCACCGGGGCCGCCGCCGUCGGCGCCGCCGCCGGCACCGGCGGCCGGCUCAACGAAGCGUUGCUGCAGCUCAACAACGUGGCGACCGUGGGGGCCGCCGCCGCGGCGCCCGACGCCAAGAUCGCCUGCAUGGCGCGCGGCUACAACACCGGCGCCUGGCAGAUGCACGUCAGCGAUCCCGGCACGGUCUCGGGCGGCCUCGGCGAUUCGCCGGAGGAGAGCGACGCGCUCUUCAAGGCCUAUUACCGGGGCUGGCUGGGCACGCUGCGCCUGUUCGAGGGCCGCAAGGCGACGACCACGCGCAGCUUCGCCGGCCAGGACUUCUUCUGCUUCCCGCUGGCGGCCAGCGACAGCCUGGUGGGGGUGGACGCACGCCUGGUCGAGAUCUUUCAGAAGCUCUCGCCCAGCACCAUCGACCCCAGCCAGACCGACCCGAAGGUCAGCGCCGGCAAGCUCUCCGAGGCGCUGCUCGACGUGCUGGAGAAGCCCGGCUACAGCGGCGCCGGCAAGUCCGAGACCGAAGCGGUGAACUCCAACGGCCUCUACACCCUCCUGUCCGACGAGGCCGUCGAAUCCCUGGAGAUGGCCAUGGUGACGCCGAGCAGCCAGCCCACACGCAACACCAAGCUCACCGGCGCGGGCGGCGCGCCGGGAGUCACCCGGGCGGUGCUCUGCAGCCUGAGCGAGUUCACCGGCCUGUCGAGCGCGAUCCGGAUCGCGCUCAGCGUCGAGGAGGUGGCCCACGACGUCACCGAGCAGCUCCCCUGGACCGUGGUGCCCUACAGCUUCUACGAGGUCUCCGUGUCGCCCAACGGCGCCUGGUGGCUGCCGGCCGGCCCGACCUGGCCGCCCGCGCCGAAGAGCGCCGCCUUCUGGAAAAACGUCUCCUCCAGCGAUCUCGCGGCGACCGGGGAUAUCCCGACCCUGUCGAUCGUGCGGCCGACCAACCUGCUGUGGUGGGUGCCGCGCGGCGGGAUCGAGGAGAGCCUCACCCCGGUCUACGUCACCGGGCAGGUCAAGGGCAGCUAUCCCACUCAG